ACCACGACUAGUACUACCACCACCUUGAAACCACCUUUGCCUCAUAAGUUUCUUGCCUGCGUCAGUUCAGUCGUUCAGGCAAUAUUUCACCCACUCGAUGAUGUCUGUUACUUCAUGUUCUUCACCGUCCAAGACAUCAAUCAACUAAAAAACAAGAAUCUCGGUCUUGCGAGAAGCAAAGUUGGUAUCGACAUACCGAGCUCAAAAGCCAACGCUAAUCAGGGCAAACUUGAAAAUUCCAUCGCAGCGUACUGGCCAAAGAUCAGAGACUUCGCUGUCCUGGACAUGGAAGUCCGUCCAAGUGUUUCAACUCAUGUCAGUCAUGUCCAAGCAUUUCUAACAGAAACGGACAGACUUUUAAAUAUCCAUAUGAGAGCAGAACCAACGCCAAGGAGGAACUUUGGCUACGUGCUUCUAGGUGUGGCCAUACUCCGGGGAAGCCAACAACCAAGCACCCUCAUGGCUAACUUCAAUCAACUUGUACAGGCUACAGGACCGUCACCCUGGCAGGGACCUGGCAUGCCGUCUAUGCAGUCAUCAUUCGUUGAGUCGCUGUCAUUCAGGCAUAUGACUGGGUUCCAACCGCUGCCUUUGAAAACCGCGGAAUUGCUCUCUUUUAGCGCUGCGGCCCUUAUAACUGCCUACACGGAUGGUUAUAGACCACUCACAGCUCCAUGCCGGAGUGUCACCCAGGCAAAUCCAAACGAAUUGGUAAGCCGAGACUGACUGUCAUGCUUUGGACACUGAACGUUAUAGGGGUAAGGAAAAAAGACCUAGAGACAAGUUGGCAAGAACGACACACAGAAUACAGAAUCCUCACUUCGGUUGUGUCGUUUUUGUUCCGUGUCG